CAUUUUUCAGCUGUUUACUAUCGUUCGGUAGAUUAUACUGACUGCAGCACAUUUAGUUUGUUGUGUCCUUGGUUAAUUAUCACAUGCCACACCAACUCAACCUUAUGCAAUAUGCCAGCAUUUUCGUCAAAGUAGUUUCCCAUCUAGGACCAGUGCAGAUGAAAUCCAAAUGAUGAACGAUGACUCUGAUCUGUCCAGUGUGAAUGUAUAUUUAGACAAAAGCGGAUAUGUUUUUUGGUUGGCACCUGCCAAUUUCAUGGCUCAGUGCACCAUAAACAUUCGGUACUAUCCAUUUGAUUCACAGACAUGUUACUUUGUAGUAUCUUCAUGGUUGUUCCUUGAAAACCAUUUAAGUUUAGGAGGGUCAGUUCCAUCGAUAAAUUUGGACCUUUUCGAAGAAAAUGGAGAAUGGGACCUCACAAAUUCUAGAGUUGAAAAUGUUACAAGAAUAUUGCUUGGGCAUCCGCUACCUGCUGUAAGAUUUACAAUCUACUUGACCAGAAAAUAUUCGUACUACCUUAUGAACAUGUUGCUGCCCGUAAUUGUAUUGGCAGUUAUGGCACCGUUUGUAUUCCUAUUGCCUGUGGAAAGCGGAGAAAAAAUUGGAUAUAGUUUGACAAUUCUGCUGUCUUUGUCUGUCGUCAUGACACUUGUUUCGCAAAGUAUUCCGCCAACAUCAACUCAUAUCUGUAUUCUUAGUGUGUAUCUUUUACUAACAUUUAUCAUCUGUUCCCUGGAGACUUUGUUGACAGUGGUAACAUGUAGGAUUCAUGACUUUCACAUAAAAAACUACAAGAUGGGCCCAAAACUACAGGACAUGACAAGACUAUUGGCAAAAGUUAUCCGAUCUAAUGAGUUGAUCAGUGACAUUAACACGACAAAAAUUGCUCAGAAUAACAUUUCGCCAGGAAAGGUCGAACUUAAAAUUCGGGAUAAAGGUGACUCGGAAAAAAGGAACAUGAAAAGUAAAGCUUGGGCUAAAGAUGAGGAUGAGGAAUCAGAUGUGUCUGAAGUAACAGAUUGCAGUUUUGAAGAUCUGGCCAGCCAUUUCGACAAAUUCAACUUUUAUUUGUUUGAGAUAACUACAGUUAUUGUUACUGUGGUAAUCAUGGUAGUCCUGCGUGUCAAUGGCACCUCGUAGUUCUUACAGCUGCCGAUAGUCCUAGCGUGAAUCUUUAAUACAGUCAGAGCCGAUGUGAAUACACACGACUGAUUAGUUUUUAAGAUGUGCAGUCCUCUUUACAUCCUUCCAGAUAUAUCUAUUAAAAGUUUUGACAUAAUAAAAGAAAAAGCCUAAACUAAUGUUUAUGGUCGAAAACACAUUAACAAUUCAAAAACAAUACGUUUUGCUUAACAUUUAAAAGGUUCGUUACAAAAAUCUAGAAAGUGCAGAUCUUUAUCAAACUGUUUCUUCACAUCUUUAGCGAACUUCUUUCGCAAAUCUUGUUUACUUUUCAGUUGACAAAAUACAUUCUGUGAAAGAUCCUUUGGAAGUAUAAAACGUAACUAACCAACAUUAUAGCAUUAGUGAACUGCAUUUGAUAAAUGAAUCUAGAUAUAAAGCACACAUCUUUGGAGAACCCAAUUGAGUGCAUGGGCGAUAGGGUCUGUAGUGUUAUAUGUUCGAUAUAUAUUUUCUUGUAUGAUGUAUCUUUUGACAACCUAGUGAAAUUGGCCAGACUGAGACCUAUUUAGAAGGUCAAUGUGAUUUACGCUAAGUAAAUUCACUCUUGUCAUUCAUUCGAGAUUCUGAUAGAAGUCACAUUAGGAACUCGUUACCAAGAUGUGUCCAGUUUGUCAGGAUUAAACUGUAAUGAAUA